AUGGAGUUCUGGGAAGUGAAAGUGAAGGCAAGGGAGUCUUUGAAAGUGGAGCCUGGAUUCCGCAGGGUCAUCCUUUGUCAGGCCUUUUUCGGUAAAGAUGUCCGUAAAGGUAUAAACGAUGGUCCGGUGUACUUGUAUGCCAAGGUUAAUGGCAAGAAAUACGUUUUGGCAAUUCUUUCCCGAAAGCAUUUUCCUCUCAUUACCUUUGAUCUCAUCAUGGAGAAAGAUUUUGUGCUUUCCCACUCCAUGGAUGAAGGAGUCAUCCAUUUAACUGGCUACAAAACUCCACCUGGAUACAAAACUCCGGAGGUGGAAGAGGAGGAGGUUGAAGCUAGGUAUGUCAAGUCUAAAACGACGGUGUGGUGGGACAUAGAGAGGUGUCCGCUUCCCCAUGUUUAUGAUGCUUCCCUUGUCGGUCCGUGUAUAGAUCGGGCGUUGCAGUAUUUAGGCUACCUUGGUCCAAUUUCCAUCACUGCCAUUGGCAACCUAAAACACACCCCUGAUCACGUCUUGCGAGCACUAUCUUCCUCUGGGAUCCUUGUUAAACACGUCCCAAACGGUACUUCGAGCAUCUUUGCUCAAUUGUUUGCUUGGAAAUUACAAAGUCGACCUCCGGCUACGUUUAUGCUCAUAUCCGAUUCCCCUGUACGGUUCGAUUUGUAUCACAGUCUUGAAUCCCUACAAGAGAAAGGAUACAACAUCCUUGUUGUAUAUCGCCAUAAACCCCAGCCUGGAAUGAUCACUUCUUUUGAAUGGUUGCUCUGGGAAAGCUUACUGGCAAAUACUUGUAAUACACAGCUGACAAGAAAAAGGCAGCUUCUUCAAGAAUCUGCCCGUUUUUCUUGCACACUAUGCCAUGUAGCUUUCCAAAGCCGUAAAUAUUUCGAAACUCAUCUUAAGGGUGAAAAACAUGAAAUGAAUGAAUAUUUACUUGGGCCUGAUUCCCCCUUUCUGGAGUUAAAUAUUGCUACCACGAUGACGGAGCAAUUAAAGACAACGUUGGAGAAUGUGGUUGUUAAUCCUGGAGCCGAUUCUUCCCAAUACAAGGGGGUGGUGUGGUGGGACAUCGACAGAUGUCCGGUUCCCAAUGGUUAUGAUGCUUCUCUAGUUGGUCCGCGUAUAAAUCAGAUGUUGCAGAGUUUUGGGUUCUAUGAUCCUCUUACCAUCAUUGCCAUUGGCAGCCUAAGAUACACCUCUUCUCACGUCAUGCGAGCGAUCUCUUCCAGUGGAAUAGUUUCUAAACAUGUCCCAUUUGGUGGCCCAAGCAUUAUUGAAGAUGUGUUAACUUGGGCAAAUACUAAUCCACCUCCGGCUAAGAUAAUCCUUGUAACCAGUUCCUCUUUAAUGGAAUGCAUGUCUCCUGCUCUUUAUUCCCUUGAAGAGAAAGGAUACAACAUCCUUCUGGCAUGUACACAAACUCUGCCUGAAGGUCUUAACCGUUAUGUUAAUUGGCGCUGGGAAGACUUACUGACAGUUCCUUUAGGUAAUAGACCCGAGACAAGAAGACAGAAGGAUGAAUUAUCUAGCUGUUUUAUUUGCACAACCUGUGAUUUAUCUUACAAAAGCUAUGAAAGUUUCGACAUUCAUAUGGGAGGAGACGAACAUGCAAUGCGAGCAUUUAGAAUUGGCUACUACUACCUGAAUCAGGAACCUGGAUCCGGGACUCGUUAUUCCCCGGCAGUGAAGAAGCUAUCAAAGGAAGGUCUAAAUAUCUCAAGUUUCUUAACUAAAUUAAUGAGUGAGUUUAUAAAAUCAAAGUUGAAUAAACAAGUAGAUGAAGCCGGCGUUGUUGGUUCUGACAGUCUGACCACCGCCACGGUGAAGAAGCAAUCAAAGGCAAGUUUUUAAUACAUCUCAAAAAUAAUAUCUGAUUUCUUUGAAUGCAUACAGUUUGAGUUGCUGACUUUGGUUUGAUGCUAAAACGUUGCAGAGAAAGUUGAAGAAGAGGCGUAUCAAAUGAGAGCAUCUCGAAGAAGAAGAAGAAGAGUACAUGGCACAUGCACGUGGUGUGUUGUUGUUCUUCUCUAUGGCAUCAUUUCAGAUCGUGAAUGGUUUCUUUUACUUCCCAACGAACAAUGUUGUUUUAAAUCACUUUCUUUUCAUUCAAGUCUCGUUUUUACUUUUAAAGUUAA